CUAGUUAAGAAGGCAGUUUGUAACUCUGGAAAAAGAAGAGACCAAGAGCGCCUGAGACACAGAACACAGUCACAGAUAUCGUGGCAGAACCCGGCAAGCAGAGCGUCUUAGCAGUGUUUUGCUGUGAGACCCUGCAGCGUCCGGACCAGAGACAAGAGCGACCCCUCUCCUGUGCGGGACCAUGGUGCAGCACACGGACACCAGCGAGACGGACGGCAGCAUGUCACGGGAAGCCACGGACUCGGAGGAGAGUGAAUUUAUGGCUUGCAGCCCCGUGCCGAUAAAUCCCGACUGGUGCAAGACAGCGACCGGUCACAUCAAGAGACCUAUGAAUGCGUUUAUGGUUUGGUCGAAAAUCGAGAGGAGAAAAAUCAUGGAGCAGUCUCCGGACAUGCAUAACGCUGAGAUCUCCAAGCGGCUGGGCAAGAGGUGGAAGAUGCUGAAGGACAGCGAGAAGAUCCCGUUCAUCCGGGAAGCCGAGAGGCUGCGGCUGAAACACAUGGCCGACUAUCCCGACUACAAGUACAGACCCAAGAAGAAACCAAAGCUCGACAGUUCUAAAUCCUCCGCGCCUUCUCCCGAGAAGUGCGGAAAGAUGUCCAAGACGCCCAGCAAGAAAUGUUCAAAGAUAAAGACUAAGACCAGCUCCAAGUCCUCGCAUCAUGGCUACGGAGAGGACUGUGGUUUUCCAAGCAUGAAAGUGACGAAGAUUAUCAAAAGUGAACUCACGGACGACGAGGACGAAGACGACUACGAGGAGGACUAUGUGAUGAGGAUUAAGCAGGAGGACGAGGAGCGCUCCAGACCCUACAAUGUAGCUAAAGUUCCCGCAAGCCCGACGCUGAGCUCCUCGGCGGAGUCCGAGGGGACCAGCAUGUACGAAGAGGUACCUAACAGCAGACUGUUUUAUAACUUCAAGAACAUUACCAAGCAGAGCACAAUGUACCCUGCUUCCGUAUCACCAGCAUCUUCUCGCUCCGUGUCCACCUCUUCCAGCUCCAGCGAGGACGCGGACGAUUUGCUUUUUGACUUUAGUUUGAAUUUUGCCCCCAACGCUCACGGCUCGGAGCUGGGGAACCCGAAUUCAGGAAACCUCUCCCUCUCUCUUGUGGAUAAGGACUUGGACUCGUUCAGUGAGGGCAGUCUGGGCUCUCACUUUGAAUUUCCAGACUAUUGCACACCGGAGCUCAGCGAGAUGAUCGCCGGGGAUUGGUUGGAGGCCAACUUUUCUGAUUUGGUGUUCACGUACUAAUAAUAAUAACAGAGAAGGAGAAUUAAAUUAUAUGUCCUGUUGAAGUUGUUCCUAGCUCUGCCUCCCAGGGUGUGAAGGUCCGGGAAGGAGGAGGCGAGGUGAGGUUGGAGGAAUGAGAUGCUUAAGAAGCUGGUAGCAGGAGAAAGUCUGCAGACGUUUUUCUGGCGGCAUGACAGGGUUUUAUGGAUUUUUCUGUAGGUCUCCAAUUACUGUUCAGCUUAAACGGACCACAAAGGGAAAAAUCUGUGAACUUCUAUGCAUCUUAUCCUCUUUAAAAAAAACUGCAGGGAACUGACAAAAAGGACUGUGGACAGACUCAAAGCAAAUCUGUGAACUGACAAUGUUCAGGAUGUUACUUUACAACGGUUUAUGUAAUUUCUUAAUGCCACAAAUGUUUUGUUUUUUUGUAACUGAUUCCGUUUACCUCCUGGUUUGAAAAUUAAGCAGCCUAAACCUCUUCAGAAUACAGGUGUGGAGGAAACAUUUUGAUACAUAACAGACCUCAUCUUUUUAAAAGAAAAAGUAAGAUAUUUUCAGGCAUAUUUUUGUACAGUUAAAAGGGAAUGUUCUUACUGGGCUUUCAGUGAGUUUCAGGCACUUCUUCCCUUUAUCAUUUCUUUCAGCAUGCAAGGGAGUCCUGGUUUUAAGGAUUAAGUUAAAUUCAAAACUUGCAUCAAAAUGCCUUGUGAUUUUAAACUAGGUUUUGUACAGUUGUAGAGCAGAUUUGUUGAGUAUUUGUAGACGAUUCAAUGGCAUCAAGGGGGCACACAUACCUCAGAGCCGGAACUAGUUUCAAGAUUGUAUAUGUAAUGUAAUAUAGUAAAGUUAGGAGUUUAUGUAUAUCAUACUGGUGAUAUGUGGAUGGGUCCCAAUCGCAGGUGUGAAACUGGAUUUUGGUAUUUUUUAUGGCACAUAACUGUUUUCCCCCCUCUCUCAUUUUUUGUGCAAUAUAUACUCUUUAAGAUACGGACCAUCAACAUUUGUAGCAAGUGAUGGGACUACAGACGUGUGCACUGUCGACAUGCUCAGCUGUUAUGAUGCUGAGCCUGUCUCCACAGGAAUUACACAUCAGCUGGAACUGAUACUACCAUUUAAUAUGGCCUCGGUGGGUGGGAAAUAUCAAUUUGAAUGUUAUUAGUCUCAUAUUAUUGGAUAUUGGGCAUUAUUGUCAACAAAUCUUCUAUCUGAACACCACCUCUCCCAGCAGAGACAAAUUGGAUACUGUUGUUCUCCAGUAAGGGUACUUACUGGUACAGUGGUCUGGCAUUUAGGUCGAACAAGCAAAAAACAUUCCAUAAUAGUUCCUGUUUCAUGAAAUGAAACCUUAUUUUAAAACUGAAGACUGCCUUCUUUUCUUAAGACAUUAACCAUAAACCUGUAUUUUUAUUUCUUGCACUUAAAAAAAAGCAGAUAUUUUUUAUUUUUAUGUGGGUCCUACAUGAAGUCUGUGUGGAUACGAGGUUUGGAAUAUGACCUAAUUAUGCGCCCAGACGUUUGUUGGAGAUUCUAGGCAGCAGUUACUUCACAUUCCAAGUGUGAAUCUGUCUCGACUCAUCUUUUAAUAAAUAAGUACCAACCACCAUCAACUGUCCUUUCAGUUUGUGAAUAUAUGUACACAAAUGUGUUGAUUUGUUGAUAAAGGAUGUGAUGAUAAGAGCGAUGUCUAUUUUGUAUGUAGGCUGAUACUCUGCUACUGGAUGGGCUCAAACAUGUGAUUUCACAUUUAAUAAAACAAAAACAACCUACAACUUGUAAA